UAUACCUCCAGCCUAUCACCCAAUGCGCUAUGCUGGUCAAACGCCGGCUUCUUCGAGAGGAGAUUACUUACUCUGUGGCCAAAGACAAAGAUGUGAACAUUCUUCACCAGCUGGACUACUGGCCACAGCGAAAUCGCUUCUUCCGAUACAUUAAUGCUCACCGUGACCUUGUCGAGGAGCUGGUCUCUCAUCAUUUAGGCAUCCCGUCAAGCAAGUGUCGCGCAGCAGAUAUGGUCGAUUGGAUGAAUGGGAGCUUCAAUCUCUGCGUUCCUGUUAGUGUGGAGGGUUUCAACCGGGUCAUAAUUCGAUUUCCACUCCCUUAUCGAGUUGGUGAGCGUCCAUGCCCAGGCAAUGGGGAUGAGAAAGUCAGGUGCGAGGCUGGAGCUUAUGCAUGGCUGCGGCAAGAGUGUUCUGAGGUGCCAAUACCAGACCUUUACGGGUUCGGUCUAUCCACUGGUCAACGCUUCACACAUAUUCAACAGCUACCAUUCCUCCGUCGUCUUUAUCAUAAAUUCCUUCAUCGGUGUUCUUCUCUGCUUGGAUUUCCAGUUCCCACAAAAUUUGUUCCACAUAAAAAUAACCUAUCCAACACUCUACCGCCAUAUUUGGUCAUCGAAUAUAUCGAAAAAUGGGAUAUGCUUUCAACAGUAUGGGAUGACCAGGACUCCGAUAAAACACUACGAACGAAUCUCUUCCGUGGCCUUUCGAAGAUAAUGCUUUGCUUAAGCCGGGUUUCUUUCCCUAAAAUUGGGUCAUUUGUUAUUGACGACAACGGUUUUCUGUGCCUUGCCAAUCGCCCUCUUACGAUUAUGCUGCAAGACCUCGAGAAUGAACACAUUCCUGUUGAAAUGCCGAAGGAUCGAACAUUUACAAGUGUUGAUGCAUACGUCAACUCUCUCCUCCUAUGCCACGAUAACCGCCUGGCCUUUCAACCUAAUGCCGUCAAUGACGAAGCUGAUUGCGUUUCCCAGAUGACUGCACUUGCUCUGAUGAGGUGCAUACGACCCCAGUUUUUUAGUGGUCGGCUGAAUCAUGGACCUUUUGUUUUUGCCUUGACCGAUCUUCACCCGAGCAAUAUUUUGGUCGACAAGGAAUGGAAUAUCAGAUCUAUCAUUGAUUUAGAAUGGGCCGCCUCUAUUCCGUUAGAAUUCAUAGGACCCCCCAGCUGGCUCACUCGUCAAGCAAUUGACUGUAUUGAUGGUGAUGAAUAUGAUGAGAGGCGGAAAGAGUUUAUGGAUGUAUUUGAAAAUGAGGAAAAAGAUUAUUCUGCAAGCUACAACAUCCGGCGAGCGCUUGUCAUGCAACAGUCCUGGGAAAAAAGAACAUUCUGGUAUACAAUGGCCUUGCGAAGCCCAACUGGAAUGCACUCCGUCUUUUAUAACCGGCUUCAGACCUUGUACGAAAAAGACCACGCCGAAAAUACGGAAUUCUUUCUCAUAACUUCUAAAUAUUGGCGACCGCAAGCAAGACAAUUCAUUGCCUCCCGAGUAAAGGACAAAGAGCUAUACGACAAGGAACUCCGGGGGGCGUUUGAGGAGCCUGAAAAGUGUUAGCACAAAGACCUCUUUUUCUUUAGCUCUUUCUCCGCCAUCAUGGUUCUAUUUUCCCCAAUUUCUUUCAGAUGAAUACUGACCCCGAGUGGCAUUGAUGCCGCUACCCACUAUUCCCUUUUCCUUUUCCCAUUUCUUUGUCACUUGCGCCCAGGUUGCUACCUUCUUUAACAAUAUCUCGUUUCACUGCCAUGAGCAAAUUUGCUUUUGCCUCCUUCGCACGGUUUUCCUUUGCUGCCUCCGCCGAUGACGAUAGUUGCUUUAAAGUUUUGAGGUCCGUUCUCAACCCAA